AUGGUUCAAGUUAUCGACCAGCGAGAUGAAGUCGACGUGCAACGCGUUCAGACGUUAGGCAGUGUUCGACUUCAGAAGCAAGGCACCAACCAAAUCAUCUUAAUUCCUACUCCUUCGGAUGAUCCUAAUGACCCUUUGAACUGCUCCAAGGCAUAUCGCUCCUACAUGGCUCUACUUGUGUGUCUGGCCAUGGUGAUGUGCAACUUUCUGGCAGCGGGUCCUUCCGUGGCCAUCGUCGACAUCACCAUCGACUAUUUCCACACUCCUCCCACAGUUCCAGCAUAUGCCCCGGCGAUUGCCAAAAUUUCCUACUUCUUCACCACGACGUCUUUGCUUCAGGGCAUCGGUAACUUAAUCUGGAUGCCUUUGAUUGUCAAAUAUGGCCGUCGACCGAUAUAUCUCUCCUCUUUCACCCUAUACACGGCAUGCGCCAUCUGGUGUGGCUGCGCCAAAUCAUACGGCGCCGAGUUGGCUGGUCGAAUAGUCAUGGGUUUCGCUGCCGGAUCUGGAGAAUGUGUCGCUCCUCUAACCAUUGCGGAUAUUUUCUUCCUGCACGAGCGUGGUCUCGUUAUGGCCUGCUAUACAGCAGCUCUGUCUUGUGGAGUCUCCCUCGGCAUCAUUAUAUCCGGUCUGAUCACAAUCAACCACGAUUGGCGCUACAUCUACUACGUCGCCACCGCCUUGAUCGGUGCCUUGACUGUCCUUGUCUUCUUGACCAUGCCCGAGACAUCGUACAAUCGAAGCCCCGUAGGUGCACCGACCACACCGCAUGAAUCAUCCCUUCAUUCCGCAGAAGAGAAGGACGCAACCGGCAGUCAACACGUUAAUAUCGAGGCCGUACCGCCCAGUUCCGCCACCCAAUACAAGAAGCGAACUUAUCUUCAGAACUUGAAACUCUUCAGCGAAGUCCUGACCUCAGAGUCCCUGUUCAAGAUCUUUUUACGGCCCAUCGCCCUUCUCAUCUUACCGCCAGUUUUAUGGGCCACACUGUGUAUGGCUGUGACCAUCGGAUUCCUGGUGGCCAUUUCCUCCAACUUCGCCUCAGCUUUCUCAACCACCUACAACUUCACCGCCUGGCAAUCUGGACUAUGUUUCAUUGCCGGUGUUAUUGGAGCCUUGAUUGGCAUCUUCUUUGGAGGAUGGUUCUCCGACUGGACCGCCAACGUGCUCACUGCACGCAAUAAUGGCAUUCGAGAGCCGGAGAUGAGACUUCCUUCCAUGACUUUGGGCUUGAUCGCUUCUCCCUUAGCCCUCAUCCUGUAUGGCGUUGGUAUUCAAAACCGACUGCAUUGGAUGGUUCCCACACUUGGCCUCGGUCUCUUAAACUUCGCAAUCACACAAGCCACCAACGUUUCAUUGGUGUACACCGUGGAUGCCUACCGCCCAGUUGCAGGUGAAGUCGUCACAACCCAGCUUGCAUUCAAAGCCGCCUUCGGAUUUCUUCUUUCCUUCUACACAAACCCUUGGAUCCAAAAGUCAGGCUACCUCGACGCUUUCGGCGCCAUGGCCGGCAUCAGCGCCGCAGUGCUCCUGGGUUGGAUUUUCUUUUUUGUGUUUGGCAAACGAAUUCGCCACGCCAGCGUCAAAUGGAGGAUCAUGAAGAGUGCACAAUGGGACCUGGACCGUGAGGUGGGUGAAUAA